AUGUUAUUUUCUAAGUUUUUUGUCAGUAUUUUGAUCUCCAUGUCCUUUUUCGCAAAUACUUCGGGUAAAGACACCGUCAUUUUAGUUUCUUUCGACGGUUUUCGAUGGGAUUAUCUCGACAUGAAUCGGACCAAUACAGAAAACUUCGAUUCUAUUAUUCAGGAAGGCGUUCGAGCUGAGUAUGUUCAAAAUGUUUUCCCAACCGUUACGUUUCCGAAUCACUACACUAUUAUGACAGGACAGUAUGCUGAGAGCCAUGGAAUAAUAUCCAAUAGCAUGUACGAUCCCGUUCUUAAUGAGAACUUCAGCAUGGACACGAACGACUCGAAAUGGUGGAAUACGUUCAGUGAACCGUUGUGGAUCACCAACCAAAACCAGGGUCAUAAAAGCGGGAUGUGUUACUGGCCGGGCUAUGAUGUGGAAUACAAAGGGCAAAACGCAUCGUACACUACAAGUGGAUAUGGUUUUAAUAAACCUUUUUUGACUGAAGAGGGUAUAAUGCCUUGGAAGGAACGAGUUGAUGUCAUUAUAAAAUGGUUGAAAGAACCAGAUCCUCCAUCAUUUGUGACCCUAUAUUUUAAUUCACCAGAUGAGGCUGGCCACUGCUGUGGACCAUACUCAGUAAACGUUACAGAAGAAAUCAGGAAAGACGACAAGAUCACGGGAUACUUAUUGGAGCAAUUGCGUAAAGAAAAAAAAUUGGAUGAAGUUAAUCUAAUUAUCACCGCCGAUCAUGGAACUGGAGCCUACAACACAAGCACAAUCAUCAACUGUACUGAUUAUUUAACUCCUGAUUUAAAGUUUUGGGCUGGAGGAGGAAAUUUUUUUUUCUUACACGCUGAUAACGUAACUCGUGCUUACAACAAGUUAAAAGAAUGUCAAAAGUUGCAACCCCAUUUCUCAGUUUUUUAUAAGGAGGAAGUACCAGAUGACCUUCACAUAAAACAUAGUAAUCGUGUUCCUGAAAUUGUAGUUAUCAUGGACGAAUACUGGAUUGCAGAGAUUUCAAAAGCUCAUAACACAACAGCUUCUGAGCCUGUUGUCACUAAAGGAGCUCAUGGUUGGGUUCCAUCCAUACCAUCAAUGCGUCCGUUCUUUAUUGCACGUGGCCCAGCAUUCAAGGUUGGUCACAAAUUUGGUCACAUAAACAUGGUUGAUAUCUACCCAUUGAUAUGUCAUUUACUUGGAAUAAAACCAGCGCCAAAUAAUGGAUCCCUAGAUCGCAUUGCUCACCUACUGAAAUCUACACCUCGCACUGAAUCAAGUUCACUGAAUACUGGAGAGAUUAUAGCAUUAGUUAUCGGGACUGCAAUUGGCUUAACAGUUUGUAUGUAUGCCGUUAUCAUGGUUGUGAAGGAUCGGAGACUUGCGAGAGGGCAAAGGAGGCCAGGAGAAGUGGAUGUGCCACUGAUAGAUGGUGAAUUAUAUGGUGACCAAGAAGAUGACAGUGUCAUUUAAAUGCAGAAAUAUAAAUUUGUAAGGUUUUACUAUUUUGUAGUUCUACAAAACCUAUGCAAGAUCAUAUUACAAUCUAGGAAGUAGUUCAAUUUCUCCAUUAACACGUAAUAUUGUGGUUCAAUUUUAACUUUAAGUUUCAAGUUUUAUUUUCCUUUACUUUGUUUUUGGGUAUUCUAAGUUAAUGAAUGACAAUUAUUGACUCUGCAACAAAGGAAAAUAAUAUUUAAAUCAGGGAUAAAAUUGAACUCAAUAUGUACAGCAGGGCUAGGGAGUAAAGUUUCAUGAUUCUGCUGUCACUUGUGUUAAAACACUAACUACUAAGCAAACAUUUUAAGAUAGAGUAAGAGACAUGUAUAAAGUGCUAACAGUCAAACCUGUAUAAAGCAGUCAACUGCAGAGAAUGACCAACUGAUACAGGACUGUAUAGCCCAAGAGUUAAGACUGGUUCUCUGUUCUCACUUACUGGCCUGCAAAAUAGCUGCAGGCACUACCUGGAAUACUGUUCCAAGAUGCAGUGUGUGAAAACAUGAUGUCUCUAGCAACACCAACUAUCAAUGGUACCUCUGUGCAAGUGGCAUGCCUGUGAAGUUAAAUUGUUUCAACAGAGCGGGCACACAGGCAGUAGACUUAGAUGGCCUCGGUUGCCGACCAUCAUCAGCUAUUACUGAUUGUCAGUUACUGUCCAAAUGGAAUGAAUGGUAUCUGAGGCAGUAACAGUGGCUUUGUCGCAGGUAGAUUGGCACAACAUGAGAACCAGAAAUAAAUCAAGACAAAAAUGUGACAGAGAAGGAAGGAUCUAUCACAAGAUAAUAUUAUAAACAGUCAUAAAGUCCAUGCACAAAUUAAUUUAUUUAGUUCACUGUCAUGGUAUCAAUAAUAUUAUGUUAAGACAGUAGGAAAUAACUUAUGACGAUAAAAGUAUAAAUUAAACAUAGGAAUCAUAACUUAUGAGAAAAAAUAACUUAUUAGUGCCUAGUAAAAGGCGACUGCCUUUAGUAUGGGAACCGCUUUCAUAACCAAGUAUAGGUGAAGUACAUGUACCUUAGUAUAGGAAAUUAACGUGAAUCGUUAAAAGUCGCGUUAAUUUAAGUCGCGUUAAUUUCCGCAACGUUAAUUAGACGGCCUUGGUUGCCGACCAUCAUCAGCUAUUACUGAUUGUCAGUUACUGUCCAAAUGGAAUGAAUGGUAUCCGAGGCAGUAACAGCGGCUUUGUCGCAGGUAGAUUGGCACAACAUGAGAACCAGGAAUCAAUCAAGACAAAAAUGUGA